AUGGCUGCCGCAGUCGCGCCAAAUGCGCCCAUGAAUGGCGCCCCUCAACCGGCGACACCGCAACCCUCGCGAGAAAAUGAACAGCCUCUGCCUCCCAUUCCCACGGCGGAGGGUGCAGGAGAACAAUUGGAUCCAGCGGCCAGAGACAGAGUGCAACAUGUCCUCUCUUCAGAUAUUGGCAUGAGCACAUUGCUUCAACGAUUGAAACAAAGCAUUGGCUCCACCAAAGACUUUGCGGCAUUCCUGAAAGAAAGAGCGGUUCUAGAAGAGAAACACGCACAGGGCAUGAAGAGACUGAGUCGGAGCACGCACGAGUCGAUAGGAAGACCUGACAGCAGACAAGGGACUUUCGCUCAAAACUUCAAGGAGAUGACCAGCAUUCACGAGCGAAUGGCCGAGCAUGCCCUGCAAUAUGUCGUGACCCUGUACGCCAUGUCGGAGGAACUGCACGAGCUGGCGACCAAUUCCGAAAGGGCGCGGAAACAUUGGAAGCAGACUGGCAUGAACGCCGAAAAACGGGUGCAAGAGGCAGAAGCUGCCAUGGAGAAGGCCAAAUACCGAUACAACUCAUUGGCGGAACAGUACGACCGCGCCAGGACCGGGGAACGGCAGCCUGGCAAGUUUAGCUUAAAAAGAUCCGCUGCCCAGCUAGAGGAAGAGCUACAACACAAACUCGAGGCCGCCGAUGUUGAUUAUUCCGCCAAGGUUGAGGCUGCCCAAAAUCUGCGAAACGAGUUGCUGAGCACCUCGAGACCGCAAACGGUGCAUGCGCUCUCGGAACUCAUCAGGGAGACCGAUGCGGGACUGAGUCUGCAUGUGCAGAAAUUCGCCGAUCUCAGUGAGAAGCUGCUGGUGGGCUUUGGACUAUGCAUUGCGCCCGUCAAAGGGCCGUCACCGAUCCCCGGUCAAGGCACUAAGAGUCUGCGAGAACUGGCCUCGGGCGUCAAUAACGAGAAGGACUUGGCCGACUUCGUGCUUGGGUUUAGCAAUAAAGCCCCAAUGAGACCUAACGAGAUCAGGUAUGAACAACAUCCCUCGCUCUCGCCCAAACAACAGCAGCCUGGCUUCACCGAUCAGUAUUACAAUCAAGAUCCUUAUGCUCCAACUCAGGGGAGGCAAGUAUCGGGAGUCACUCCUUACCCUGGCGAGCAGUAUUAUGAUGAUGGCUCUCAGUCCCAGUAUUAUCAGGGAAAUCAGACGCCUGGACAAGUCCCUCAGCAGCAGCAACAACAACAACCACCGCAGCAACAGCAGCAGCAGCAGAUGGGUGCGCCCCAGGGUGCUCAAGGCCCUGUUCAAAGGCCACCGGGUCCUGGACAACCUCUCCAGAAUAAUCCCGCUGCUGGCACUCAGCCGCCCGUCGGUCAGGCUCCCGGGGCAGCGCCGGGUCAUGUCCGGACCGUGUCUCAGGGGCAGCCGCCUCCCAGUCAGCAACAAAUGAACCAACAGCAGCAGGCUCCAGGAAUGCAGCAAAACGGCCAACCAGGCCAAAUGGGCCCGCAAGGUCAAGGUGCGCCGCCUCAGCAAGGGAUGGGCCGAGGACAACCACCCCAGGGCAUGGGACGGGGUCAACCCCCGCAAGGCAUGGGUCGUGGGCAAGCACCACCAGGGGCAGUAGGACGGGGUCAGCCACCUCAGGGUGGAUCUGGUCCGGGCGCCGCACCACCAGGCGCCAUGGGACGCGGUCAACCACCUCAGGGAGCACCUGGCCCAGGCCAACCACCACAAGGGGCAAUGGGCCGAGGACAACCGCCUCAAGGAGCACCAGGUCCAGGUCAACCACCACAAGGGGCAAUGGGAAGAGGCCAAGCGCCGCCAAACGGUGCUGGCCGGGGCCAGCCACCUCAAGGCGCCAUGGGACGCGGACAACCUCCCCCGAACGGAAUGGGACGGGGAGCACCACCAGGAGCAGCCGGCCGCGGUCAACCACCACCAGGAGCCAUGGGCCGAGGACAGCCGCCGCAAAAUGGCGGUCCUGCUCCAGCCGGCGCGCAACAACCUGGUCCUCCUCAGGGAGCCGGUCGUGGAGCCGCUGGCCCAGGACCAAACGGACCUCAGAACGGUGCACCUCGCCCCGCUCCUGCCGGUGGCGUCAACGUCCUGCCCUCAAGAGCCCAAGUAGCUCCAAGACCAGGCCCUCCCAUUCGACCGGUUUUCGGAGUGUCCUUGGACGAGCUCUUCCAACGAGAAGGAUCCGCCGUGCCAACCAUUGUCAUGCAGUGCACUAAAGCCGUCGAGAUAUUUGGGUUGGACGUCGAAGGCAUCUACAGGACUUCUGGACCGACGAACUGGAUUAUGGAGUUACGACAGCAAUUCGAUCACGAUGCCAACGCAGUCGACCUCCGCAACCCGGCGGCUUUCCACGAGGAUAUCGCUUCUGUGACCACACUGCUCAAGCAUUUCCUUCGUGACCUUCCAGAUCCGUUGCUCACGGCAGCACAGUACCGAGAUUUCAUUCAAGCCGCGAAGAUAGAGGACGAGAUUGUGCGCAGAGACUCAAUCCAUGCCCUGGUCAAUGCUCUGCCUGAUCCCAACUAUGCGACUCUCCGAAUCUUGGCGAUUCAUUUGCACAAAGUCGCACAGCACAGCGCCAGGAACAAGAUGACCAACAGCAAUCUCGCCAUCGUGUUCGCUCCGACACUGAUGGGGCAGCAAGGCGGCGUGAAUGGGAAUGGAGCCGGAGGGGCAGACAUCGCCGACGCGGGAUGGCAGGCGAAGGUCGUGGAGACGAUCCUCAACAACACCUUCCAGAUCUUUGAUGACGACGAGACCGCGUAG